UCCUCAUGUGAUAAGUUGUUGAGUUUCUUCUGGGUCAGAAAGUUGUGUCUGUUUGGCCUUCUUUAAAACCAAUAUUCAUAAUCCAACGUUCCCAUUUUUUCCUGCUCUCAUGGAGUUAUUCUUGUUUGUCAUUCUUCCUUUCUGCUUUUUCUUAGGCAAUGAUGCUGCAGUUUUCACUUUGGAGAAUAAAUGUAAUGACAUAAUAUGGCCAGGAAUCCAACCAGGAGCUGGGAGGCCUCAAUUGAUGAAUGGUGGAUUUCAGCUUAAGCCUGGCGAGACCGUUACGAUCAAUGCGCCUACAGGAUGGUCAGGACGAUUCUGGGGUCGACGUGGAUGUUCCUUUGAUGUCUCUGGCAAAGGAACUUGCGAAACUGGUGACUGUGGUGGCGUACUCGAAUGUGUAGGGGCAGGCGGUGUCCCGCCUGCCACACUUGCGGAGUUCACCUUAGACAGUCCUUUAGAUUUUUAUGAUGUUAGCCUUGUUGAUGGCUAUAACAUUCCGAUUUCGAUUGCUCCGUCUGGUGGAUCGAGUACUUGCCAAACAGUGAAAUGCCUGACAGAUUUGAAUCAGCAUUGCCCUGAUGGUUUGGAGAUGAAGAAGAAUGAUACGGUCAUUGCUUGUCAGAGUGCAUGCUUGGCUUUCGACAAGCCAGAGUAUUGCUGCACGGGGGCAUACAGUACCCCGAAGACGUGUAAGCCGACAGUUUAUUCGAAAGCAUUCAAGUUAGCUUGUCCAAUGGCUUAUAGUUAUGCAUAUGAUGAUGCAAGCAGCACAUUUACAUGCCAGAAAGCAAACUAUUCAAUUGGAUUUUGUUGAGUGAAUGAUCCAUGAUUUGGAUCUUACAUUGAACUUUUUUAACUUACAACAGUUUCUAUUACACAGACAAUUUCCUAAAAUCCUAUAACUUUUAAACAAAGUAGACAACGUUGCAUUGUUCUUUCUUGUAUCUUCAUGUUCCUUAGAGCUUCAAAGAUAGGUGUUGCCUGCUUUCUGUACAGAUCAAAAUCAAACUAAAAGAUAGGUGUUGCUUUCUUUCUGGCUUCUUGUUAUUGACUCGAGCAUGAGCAAGUGCAUUUCGCUUUCGUAUCUGUGAGAGUCUGCAUGAAAAGAAAAGUGUUUCUUGUGAGUAAAAGGUAUUGGCUGGAUCUUCAUGUGAUUUUAUGAACUUUAGGUUGCUUUUGGAGGUUACCUUGACCUGUCUCUGCAGCCCUUUAAUGUAUUCAACGGCCAACUCUAACAUAUCGGCUGUGCUUGUCUGCUGCAAAGGAAGAUUGACCAAUCGAACUAUUUUAGUCUUGAAACAUUGUAAACUAUACGACAUAAACAAGAUUUAUUACUUAGGCUCAGGAUAAUUACCUUGUCCAUGUCAGGAAACAGCUCUUGCAGUUUCUUCAUUCUCUCACUAAUCCGUGUUCUUCUCAUCUGAUAAUUUGAGCAUUAGGAGAUUAAAAAUUUGAUGAGUUUACAUUAGAGUUAAAUCAGUUAAGGACAAUGAGAGGUUGAUUAAAAGAAGAGAGGAUCUACCCGCUCUGCAAUGCUUCGCGGGUGUGUGGCACAUCCUCUUUUUGCUCGAAUUUGAUGAGGAACAGGCUCUUGAAAUCUCAAAUAUUUCUCUACCGGAUCCUUAUUGAAACUUAUAGGUAAACUCAAAUGAUGAGCCAAUCCACGAAUGUUAUUUCCAGAAUCAGCAUUCUGCUGA